UUAUUCCCUUGAUUAUUUUUUUUUUUAAACUGUAGGAAUUAAUAAUUGUUUGCAAACCUGUUUGCUGCUGUAUCUGUAUACUUUACAUCUUGAUGUAAUUAAAAGAAUACAUUAACAACUGUCUCACUUGCCGUGACGCCCAGGAUUUUAGUAAUUCAUUGCUAGAACGGUAUCUUUAUUGCUGAUCCUGUGUGGAAGUUAACAACAAAUAGUCUGUCAAGUCCUUGCUCUCUUCCAAUAGAUUCUGGUCUUGCAGAUCAAAAGUAUGUCAUUGGUGCCACGAGCUCUGGGGUGGAUAAAACUAGGUCCUGCUCUGGUUGUCCUCUGGUUAGUCUUCCCCGCAGGGAGGGUUCCUGUGGCAGCAUUCACACCCACCGAUGGACGCUUACUGGUGCUCAGUGAGGGUUGAAUUCGUAGAGGAACCCCUUCUUCAGCAGCAGCACCAGCCUAAUUUUUUUCCUUCCCCUGGUCUCGGGUUUGGGGCAGCUUCGUGUCCGCAGGGUUUGACCCUCGCUGCGGCUGAAGUCGACCUCAGGCCCGAAGCUGUUGCGGGAGUCAGCGGGUGCGUGGGUGCCUGGUUGUCACCAGAGACAACUUUAACUGUGAUCAGUUACAUCCUUUUAACAGACACUCGGUACUUUUGUUCGUAAAGGAUCAUUUUGUCUCCCCUGUCAGCAUAGCUGCAGCCUGCCUGAGAAUCUUAAAACUAGCUGUAAUAAAUACAUGCUGUGCUACUCUGUAAUCGUGAAUCAGUGAUACAGGACCUCCUCCUCGGAACUCACUGGGAGGUGAACAGCUUUGGCUGGAAAUGGCUCGUUACAGCUGUAUCCUUGACACCAGAACGGCGAUGGAGUGAGAAGGGUGACGCUGUGGGGACAGGCGGGCAGGGCUGGCUCGUGGGGACAGACUUUCUGAUUUAAUUGGCGGCAUCCAGAGGGGUGUCAGAGAGGUGACUUGGUUUCACCGUUUGGAGGGACAUCUGUCUCUGCUCGCUGGUAUGGUUAGAACCAGGUUUCCAUCACAAACCUGACUUUCUUUUUUUUUUAAGUCGUGCUUUGACUCUUGUCACAAAGUAGAGAUAGCCUGUGCACAAAGAGUUAGCUCCAGAAGUGGACCCAUUGUUUAUUUUUCCCUGUAACGUUUUAUGCUCCAAGUCCAAGGCAAAAGUAAACUACUGCUUUAAAGUUAAAGCAGUGGGAACAGCAUCAACAUCCAGCAUGGGCAUUAAAACCAGAUUUAGCAACUCUUAUGCCCAUUGAAACAGUCCAACUCCUGCAUUUGUUUCCUGUAAGCAAAACCAACUGGCACUAGAGCAUGAGCCUCGUGCUUCUCUCCCCUCCAGCUUGCUUGGUAAUUGUGUGUAUGUUGUUCCUUUAAAUAAGCCUGCCUCGACUAGUCAGCGUCUUUGAAAAGCUGGGCAGGCUGAGAAAAUGGGGAUUGCUGCUACAGUUCAAUAACGGGCAUGUUGUCAGGAAUUAUUUUUGUGUCCUUGGAAAGUUUUUCGUUUUGGUGAUAGGCAGGCGUUGUUGAUAAACCUGUGAUUUAAAGGAAAAACGUUCUGCUCAGGUAUGAUGUUUGUUUUCAGAAGUCUUUUUAACAAAAAGUUACUUGAUUCAAGCAGAGAAAUAGAACUGUCUAGACUUAUUGUGAGUGACCACUACAACAAGCUAGGAGGAAUCUCCUCUUCCCUUGGUGAAGGAGGAGUUUGUAUGUAUCAAAAAUAUGGCUUAAAACUUUCAGGUUUUGUAAAGCAUAUCUGUGUGGUUUUAUUCCAGGAGCUAGAAUAACUUUUCUCUCUGUUCUCUAGGGAUUUAAGUCAUAAUCAUUUAUUGUCAUCCAACUGGAGCAUUGAUCUGUCUGUGCACACUCUACUAGAAGUGAAAAUGAAUUACAAUGAACUAAGUGAAAUUCCGUAUUUUGGAGAAACAACUUCUAAUAUAACUCUUCUCUCACUGGUACACAAUACCAUUCCAGAAAUCAAUGCUGAGCAGCUCCAAGUUUACCUAUCGUUGGAAAAUCUAGAUCUGAGUUCUAAUCUUAUCUCAGAAAUUAAAGCUUCUUCUUUUCCACGGAUGCAGCUGAAGUACCUGAAUCUGAGUAACAACAGAAUAACUACUCUGGAAGCAGGCUGCCUUGAUAACUUAUCUAGCUCACUAAUGGUGGUAAAGCUGAACAGAAAUAGGAUUAGUGUGAUUCCACCAAAGAUCUUCAAAUUGCCUCACGUGCAGUUUCUGGAACUGAAAAGGAACCGGAUUAAAAUAGUGGAAAGCCUUACAUUCCAGGGACUGGAAUCCUUAAAAUCCCUGAAAAUGCAGCGCAAUGGGAUUAGCAGACUGAUGGAUGGGGCGUUCUUUGGCCUGGGUAAUAUCGAAGAAUUAGAACUGGAACAUAAUAACUUAACGGAAGUAAACAAGGGCUGGCUGUAUGGUCUGCGGACGUUGCAACAACUCUACGUUAGCCAGAACGCCAUUAACAGGAUCAGCCCAGAUGCAUGGGAGUUCUGCCAGAGGCUUGCUGAGCUAGACUUGUCGUACAACCAGCUGACUCGCCUCAAGGAGUCUGCCUUCGUGGGCCUUGGUCUGUUGGAGAAGCUAAACCUGGGUGACAAUCGCAUUAGUCACAUUGCGGAUGGGGUGUUCAGAGGCCUGGCAAAUCUUCGAACCCUGGACCUGCGGAACAACGAGAUCUCCUGGGCCAUAGAAGAUGCAAACGAAGCAUUUGUGGGACUCGGCAGGCUGGACAGACUAAUCUUGCAAGGAAACCAGAUUAAAUCAAUUACCAAAAAAGCAUUCUCUGGUCUUGAAGGACUUGAACAUCUAGAUUUAAGCAACAAUGCAGUGAUGUCUAUCCAAGAAAAUGCAUUUGCCCAGGCUCACCUGAAGGAGCUAGUGUUGAACACGAGCAGCUUGCUUUGCGAUUGCCAGCUGGGGUGGCUGCCGCGGUGGCUCACCGACAGCCGCUUGCAGCAGGCCGUGAACGUCAGCUGUGCUCACCCCGAGUGGCUGGCAGGACAGAGCCUUCUCAGCGUGGACCCUGCUGACUUUGUCUGUGAUAAUUUCCCCAAACCCCAGAUAAGGGUGCAUCCGGAGACCACAAUCGCUCUGCGCGGCAUGAACGUGACUCUGACUUGCACUGCUGUGAGCAGCAGUGACUCGCCCAUGUCCACGGCCUGGCGUAAAGACAGCGAAGUGCUCUACGACGCAGAGGUUGAAAAUUUUGCCAGGUAUCAGCAGCAAAGCAGCGAGGUGGUCGAGUACACCACUGUCCUGCACCUCUUCAAUGUGAAUUUCACCGAUGAAGGGAAGUACCAGUGCAUUGUCACCAAUCACUUUGGCUCCAAUUACUCCAGCAAAGCCAAGCUGACUGUCAAUGAGCUGCCCUCCUUCCUGAAAACCCCCAUGGAUCUGACCAUCCGCACGGGGGCCAUGGCCCGCCUGGAGUGCGCGGCUGAGGGCCACCCUACUCCGCAGAUCUCCUGGCAGAAGGAUGGUGGCACCGACUUCCCCGCGGCGAGAGAGAGGAGGAUGCACGUCAUGCCCGAGGAUGACGUGUUCUUCAUUGCAAAUGUCAAAAUAGAAGACAUGGGGAUCUACAGCUGCAUGGCGCAGAACACCGCGGGCGGUUUGUCGGCCAACGCCACGCUGACGGUGCUGGAAACUCCCUCCUUCGUUAGGCCUCUGGAAGACAGAACGGUGACCCGAGGUGAAACCGCUGUCCUGCAGUGCAUAGCUGGCGGCAGUCCGGCCCCUCGCCUCAACUGGACGAAAGACGACGGCCCUUUGGCGGUCACAGAACGGCACUUCUUUGCUGCGGCGAAUCAGCUCCUUAUCAUCGUGGAUGCUGGGCUGGAGGAUGCUGGGAAGUACACGUGCAUCAUGUCCAACACGCUGGGCACCGAGCGCGGCCACAUCUACCUCAACGUCCUGGCGUCCCCGAACUGUGAUUCCUCCCAGGGUGGCAUCGUGCACGAGGAGGACGGCUGGACCACAGUGGGCAUCGUGAUCAUCGUGGUGGUCUGCUGCGUGGUGGGGACGUCCCUGGUGUGGGUCAUCGUCAUCUACCACAUGAGAAGAAAGAGUGAAGAUUACAGCAUCACCAACACAGAGGAGAUGAACCUACCUGCAGACAUCCCCAGCUACCUGUCCUCCCAGGGAACUCUGUCAGAGCCGCAGGAAGGCUACAGCAACUCCGAGGCAGGAAGCCAUCAGCAGCUCAUGCCUCCGGCCGGUGGCUACGUGCACAAAGGCACAGAAGGUGGCGCAGCGCCGCUGGUGAUCUGCUCGGACUGUUACGACAACGCCAACAUCUACUCCAGGACACGAGAGUACUGUCCCUACGCCUACAUCGCAGAAGAGGACCCCCUGGAUCAAACCCUCCCCAAUCUCAUGGUGCAGAUGCCGAAGGAAACCUACGCAGCACGUGCCCAGCACGAAACCAGUACUCUGGAUAAUCUCUUAGCAGACAGAGAGGUGGCUGUCUUCCUUACCAACCACGACAAAAUAACUGACAAGAAAAUCUCCUCCCAGCAGGUUAAUGAACCCUUUCAGCUUCCUUUGUGGGGAGUAAACAAAGACCUUGCUCUCUCUCACUCCCACUUUCUGCACCAGCCGUCGGCCCGGGAGACCCCGCGGGCGCUGCGCAGCGAGGGCGUCGCCGACGGCGGCCGGGAACAGGCUUCGCCCAGACCCUGCCACAGGUUACGUGAGCGUAACUUUGAUUUUAAUAGGACACGGAGCAUUCGUGACUCCAGUGAAGCCACGUAGGACACUAAAGUGAAGUCUUGAAAGCAAAUCCAUAUCGAGUGACUUUUUGUAUUUACUACCUCAGGACUAACCCCAGGCCAAAGAUGCUUGUGUGCGUGUGUCUGCAGUGCCAGGCUGACCGAGCAGGCACAGUCUCCGGGAGGAGGUGGCGUGUGCCCUUUCUCCUUGGAUUUCUGUGUGUUGGAAAAUGGGAACGUGCAGCAGAGCACAGGGAUGAUUAGGAGUAGCGUUAAAAUGCGGAUUUCUGGUGCUGGAAGCAGCCUUUGUGUUGGCGCUUGCUUUGCAAAUCUCUCAAGAAUGCACAGCUAUUUCACACUGCAUUGUCUGCUUGAAAACAAAUGUUCAGGGCCUCCUCGUGGAAUUCCCCAGCAACUGUGAGCGUAAAACUCUUGGCCAGCUUUUUGUUCCUUAGACUGUUGGCAGGCGUUUGUUACCAGUCUAACUUUGGGGCUUGUUUUUUCCUAUGAAUAAUGGACUCUAGUUGUAAAUAAAUUUGCAUUUAUAAAUAUUUUGUAUACACUAAGCAUAUAAAUGUGUUGGCUGUAAUGUAAAUAUAUUUUUUAUUAUGCCAAAGUAUGUAUCAUAUUGUUAGUCUUGACAGCCGCGUAUCAAGCCGUACGGGUGUCUUGGUGGGACUGAAGGCUUGUUUCCGAGGGGUGGAGCUGCCUUUGCCUUGGGAAGGAGGGAGUUUGCUCUAGGGACGAGGUCAGCCCGUGAUGGAAUUUCAUUGUUCCGCACCACUCUGCAGGCAUUAAGCCUGGCUGACCUGACUGCAAGCUGAUCCGCUUCGCGACAGGAGCAGAAUUCCAAGUUUGACCCGUUUAAGCGUUGAGUCCUUAAAUCUCUGCUUGGCUCCCGCCUCGUCCCAGAGAGCGUAAAGCCCCACAGACCCUGCUUAGCCCCUGUUCCCGGCUGUAGGAUCCAGCUUCCCAGAAGUUCUUGUAAAUAACAAACAGAACAGUCCACAGACUUCCUUCUGGUCAUCGGGUAAAAUAGCUGUAAGAUGGGAGGUUCGAGUGGUUUGUUUCAGAGUUUAUCUAAGCUCUUAUCUUUA